AGUUCAGCUAUUGAUAUUCAUACGGCUAUAUCAGACGAUGAGGAUGAUCUUACUGUACUGGAUCAUAUGUCUUUCACCCACGAUAAUCCGUUCCACAUCAAGAUCAAUAUGGACAAACCAGUAUCUCCAACUAUAAGAUCUGCACCAAAAAAGAAAAAUAUGUCCAAGGGUAAGAGCAUUAUGGGGACGUAGAAAAAAUUACCGUUCACUCACCCAGGCGGAAUUAGAAAGCCAAAGAUUGAGCCCAGAUCAGUCAAUAAAUCGAAGGUGUCUUAUGCACUGAGCCAACCCACAAAAGACUAUAGAAGACCUGUUUAUUUCUUUUCCAUUACCAACUCAAUGCAGUGUCAAUUUAUGCCAACUCCAACCAUGCGUCUUUUGGAAGAUCAGAUAAAGGCAUGUGCAUAUAUAUUUUCAGCAUCGCUAGAUCCAUCUGAAGAGCUUGUCAUAACAGAUACAAUCAGAGCAACUAGAUCAGACUUUGAACAUUUCAUACCUGACAGACCCAUUACUGAUAAGAUUCUUGAAUUAGCGGCGUCGAACUGCACUGAUUUUCAAUCUGAUAUAAGUUUCAAGACAACAUGGCAACUUCCACCGAGAUUUGCGGUGGAUGUCUUCAACAAGAAAGAUUUAAAGAAGAAGAUGGAAGACUACAUUUAUAAAUUUAUGCAACCUACUGCUGAUUUAAAAUAUAUAUAUGUUCCUAUUCAAGAGGAUGACCACUGGUAUCUAAUGGUAAUAUCAGUUUGCGAGCGAACAAUCUAUCACCUGGACACCCAUUUUAAUGAUGACAGAAUUCGCUAUCGUGAACGUGUUAUGAAGACACUAGCACACGUACUGGAGCAAGUCGUCACGUCAAACUUUUACAAGGAUGAUGGCAUUCAAGAGUAUAAUAAACAAUUUCAUGACUACAAAAUUGAAAGACCAGAAGAUAUACCUCAAUGUUCCUCAAGCUUGAAUUCUGCAACUUGGGUGAUGAAGUGGAUGCAUAUGACUUAUGAAUUUAAGCCAUAUGGUAACAAUAAGCUUGAUGAUCACGAUAUUCGCAUGAUAACCGCGGUGCAUAUACUCCGGAGUCGGAUCAACCAUAAGAAGUCACAGAUUAUAGCAUCGGUCGAGGAGUUUUGGAAUAUGCACAGUUCUUAAA